AUGGACGACGCCACGAUCGCCGGCAUCGUCGUCGGCGCACUCGUUCUUGUGGGCGGUCUCGCCGCCGUCCUCUUUCUGCGCUACCGCAGCGGCGCCCCGUUCAAGUCCGAGGCGCUCGAGCUUCCGAUGACGCUCUCGCGCGGCGGUGGCCACUCGUACGUGGCAUCGCCCUUUGACCCAAAUCGCAACUCGACCUUUGUACCGUGGCUCCUUAAAGCGAGCUCGCGCCAAAGCAACGACUCGAUACCCGAGCGCACGCGACUCGUUCUGGGACCGCCUCUCGCCCACAUCGCGUGA